AUGAAGUUGUGCAGAAAGGGCUGGCUAUUAAUAGUUAUUAUAUACUUUAUUGUUGAGCUGCAGGCAAUAAAUAUGAGAAAUAAGCCUGGUCAAAAUAAUAAGGCAAGAACUAAAUUGAAAAAAACGAUAGAUAAUAAAGUAAAUGAUAUUGUUAGUUACAAAUAUGACAGCAUAAAUCAACAAUAUGUGCUACUUUUAAACCAAAUAGCAGCCAAUCAAAGUUUACUUAAAAAUGAGAAUAACUCACGGAAUAUGAGUUUUAAAUGUAGUUAUAGAAGCUUAGCCAAAAAUUCUUCGGGAUUAUAUAACAUUAUCAACCCGGCAGUUGAAGUUUUAAUUAAAGAUGGAGAUGUGGUGCCCAAUAACGUGGAAGCAAUUAUUACCACCUGUAAAAGUAAAUCGGAUAAGUUGCUUCAGGUGAAACCCUUCAUCUUUAUGCAGACUAAAAAUCAAAAUAUUCUUAUGAAAACGCGAAAGAAUCAACCCAACGUGGUAUUAUUUGGAUUCAAUGGAAUGACCGAAGAGUAUUUUCAAUCAAUACUUAAAGAAAUUCAUGGGUCUAAGAAAACAUUGUAUGAAAUGAAUAAGUACGGCAGAAACGGAGAAAACGAAAAUCAGAAUCUAAUUGCAUUUCUAUUUGGUUAUGGUCAAAGUACCCAAGAAAUUUUGAACUCUAAUCACUCCUCGCGAUAUAUUUUAAAGCGUUUUAAAAACAAAGGUUAUCUCACUGCAUUUGCAGAGGAUAUUAAACUCACAAAUAACUUUCCCUUCGAAUUUCAGAAACAACCUGCCGACUUUUACCUUGGACCUUUGUUAAAAGCAAUCGCAGAUAACGUGCCCUUACAAAAUGAAACACAUAACUUACCACAAGGUCUUAGUUCCAAUUUUGUUUUCGACUAUGGCCAUCAAUUCUUCAAGCGUUAUCUCCACAGCUCGCAGCCAUUUUUCGGAUUCUUCUGGACUAGUACAUCUGAAAUUCAACAAAACAAACGCAACUUUGUGGAGUAUAUAAAACGAUUCAAGAAGCUAGGAUUGUUCAGAGAAUCAAUAGUGAUCUUCUUCAGUGAUCACGUGUGUAAGCCAAUGCUGUUUUUCUGGCUGCCCAUCUCGAUUCGUAAACGAUAUCCCGGAAUUAUUCAGAAUCUGACUAAGAACAAGAACCGGGUGACCUCGCCCUUUGACCUUUAUCUCACUCUGCAAAACAUACUGGAAUUGGGAGGAAAGAUCACCCAAAAUCGAACCCAACCUGUGGGUUGUCCAACAUGUCGAUCACUUUUCGAGGAGUUGCCAGUAAAUCGAACCUGUCAAGAAGCAGGAAUUAGUGAAAAUAACUGCGAGUGUGCAAACUCAGUAAGACUUCCCCAAAAGGAUCCCCUAAAUUUAAGCCUAGGAACCUUUUUGGUUAAAAGUCUGAACCAGUACCUUCGAAAUAAUCAGUUGAUGGACCGUUGUGAAGAGUUUACUUUAAAAAGUGUGGAGUCAGUUUACCAAAUCAAAACAAACUUCAGAUCGGAACUUGACAAUUAUAAAGUUCAAUUCAUAACCCAACCGAAAUCGUCCAUUUUCUUUGCCACUGUUGAAUAUACCCCAGUGAGUCGCAAUAUUGAAAGUGCAGCAGUUCGAUCCUUCCAUCGAUUUUAUAAAGAUGCUAGCGAAUCGAAAUGCGUUACAAUGGAGGAGUUCAAAAAGGUUUGCCUGUGCAAGUCUGAAAUAAUUGUGCCCAGAACUGGGGAUUAUGUUAAACUAAUGAUAAACUACCUUAUACACAAAGUAGAUGACCUGGAGCAAAGUAGCUUAAUGAAACAAGAGCAAAUCAAAAAUGAUAUUGACAGGCUAAAAGAUAUGCUGGAUUAUCUUCCAAGGAAGUCAUUUACACGAACAUCUUCGAAAGAUGUCACCACUGAAAAACCUGAGAGCGAUGAAGCUCAUGUUAAUGCCGAAUUAAGCCUGCAUUUUUGA